AUGGAUUCCCAUGUGGAUCAGCACUACCACCAGGACUGUGAGGAUGGUGUCAACAAGCAGAUCAACAUGGAACUCUAUUCAUCCCAUGUUUACAUGUCCAUAGUGAGUCUUUUUGACUGGGAUGAUGUUGCCCUUCGUCACUUUGCUGAGUUCUUCGGGAAGCGGAGCAGUGAGGAGCGGGAACGGGCUGAGAAUCUGAUGGAAUUCCAGAAUCGGCGUGGAGGCUGCAUCUUGGAGGCGGACAUUAAGAGACCAGAACAGGAUGAGUGGAGCAACGGUCUGGCAGCAAUGCUGAGAGCUGAGAAAGAUGUGAAUCAGAGCCUGCUAGAUCUGCACAAACUCGCCACUCGGCACACUGAGCCUCACCUGUGGGACUUACUGCAGAGCCACUACUUGGACAAGCAAGUGAUGAUCAAGAAGGUUGGAGAUCACAUCACCAACCUGAAGAGACUGGGAGCUCCUGUGAAACGCUUGGGAGAAUAUCUGUUUGACAAAUUCUCCCUGAAUUGA